AUGGGUGGAACACCAAUUAAGAUACCGGGAAAGAAUACUCGCGAUUCCAGUAAACUUGCGGUUGCAGCAAGAAAGAUUUUGAAACGACCUCGCGGCAGACCCCUCAAACAACGAUGCUCAAAGCUCACGUCGCACUCAUCACAGCAUUCGGCUUCUACUCAUCGAGAACCAAAGGUCCGCGCCCUCAAGAAUAUCAAAUCGAAGCGGAAGAUGUCACAACUCGAGAGAUUACCAACGGAACUUCUCGAGACCAUUUUUCUCUACUGCUUGAACUUGAAUUUGCCGACAUGCAGUCCAGUAAUAGGAGGCAAGCUAAGCAGCGAGGCUGUCUACAGCAAGAUUGUUAUUGUUGCAUUUGAUUCAAUCUGGGAUAGGUGGUAUGGAAGAACAGAUCUUCCCAAUUUAGAAAUAGAUUAUACUGGCAAUGACAGUCUGCAGUCUGCGAUCUUAAAAUACCGUUGGGCAAGGUUACCGGUGCUUCUCCGAAUUCAAGAUCUAUGGGUUCGGAAGUAUGCACAAGAACGUCCAUUUCCGUUCACCAUUACACAAGAGAUGUGGUCUUGUCGAUACGGCAUUGAAAGUGGUAUAGGAGAUGUCGACCCCAAGACUGUUUCGGCAGCUGAGUUACUCGACAACGAUUUCGCCAAGUAUUGUUAUGUCUUUGAAAGGUUGAAUCAAAGGUGGGAUAUGUUUUUGGAAGUCCAAAAUCAUCCGGCUUUGAGCAUGCCGACUUAUGUGAACGUAGCUAGAGGCACAAAGAUACCCCAUACACUAUUAAUGGGCCCAUGGGAUGAGGAGGCUGUCAGGUUCUUAUUUUGGCUAGUUAUGGGAGGAGCACGUAUUGAUUGGCUCACAUCGACUUGUGGAGAGGCAGCUAUGAUUGGAUACAAGAACGCUGUCAGAGAAUGUAGGAUCGAAGUGAUGCAUCUGCUAUUGUUGGCUGGUGUGGAGAACAAGCUUGACAACGACAUCAUCCAAUAUACACUCGAGAAUGCAGAUGCAAGCCGGCAUUUCCUGUCAACACUGUCGAUGAUAUACUACAUGGGAUCGAGCCUGUCUGAAAGAAGUGAGGGGAUUUUUCGGUUCAUAAGUAGUCCUGAACAUGAGAACGAUUUUGAGAAACUUAGGUUGAUUAAGGAAUUUGAGGAAUCUCGCCAGAUCAAUGACUUACCUCUCUUGUUAACUGCUAUGCGGUCUCCUCUGCAUAAUCCUAUACCAUCAGCAUCUUUGUUGAGGUUCUUGCGGGCGCAAUCCGAAGGCAUUUGUUUUUUCAAUUCCAACCCUCGACCAGGUUACUUCUUCGAUCAUGCACCCCAUAUCACGACUUCUGGCGUAGGGUAUAUUUAUCCUUCGAGGCCAUGCCGGAGACCGUUUUCUACUUCACUACCGCGUGGCACAACUGUAGAGGCUGGACACCCGAAUCUGUAUGUCUUGGGACCGCGGUUGGUCACAGCGAAUUCGACAAGUAACUCCCCUCAACUCGGACGGACUACUGUACCGAGCAAGAGAUCUGCGAGCCAGAGUCGCUCAGAGACAAGCCGCGGGAUAUCUACAGACACUAGGAGAUGGCCGUUUAAGCUUUGGUCUUCAAGGAGGGGCGGGAAACCAUUACAACCGGACGACCUACCAAGUCGUAGUGAGGAUGGAAGAGAUAUGGACGUGUCCAGUCUAGGACGUUCCGUAUCUGUGAAGGCUGCCAGCGAGCCUCGUCUGCGGUGCACAGAGCUAGAUGAGGGUGGGAAUGUGGUUCUUGUAAAUGGAGAAUUUAAGAAGAGCGAGCUUAUUGCUAAGUAUGGAUUACUUCCUCGAGAUCUCCGCAAAAUCGAUUCCAGUACGCUUCCGCAUAUACUUGUUCGUCCUUCAGCUAUCCUCAUCAACCUUCUCCACCUUCGAGUCCUUAUAAAAUCCAAUAGAGUUUUGAUUUUCGACGCCUAUGGCUCUACCGAUUCCUAUACACAAUCCCUCUUCAUGUAUGAUUUAGAAGGGAAGCUGCGCCAAAAGCAAACUUCUCCAUCUGCGGGUGGCCUUCCAUACGAAUUCCGCGCCCUCGAAGCUGUCCUUAUAUCGGUUACAUCUGGCUUGGAAAAGGAGUUCGAGACAGUCCGGGAACCAGUUGUUAGAGUUUUGAAAGAGUUAGAAGAGGAUAUUGAUCGAGAUAAGCUCCGCUACCUUCUCAUUUACUCCAAGAAACUCGGCACAUUCGAACAAAAGGCAAAAUUAGUCAGAGAUUCAAUUGAUGAGCUAUUGGAGGCGGAUGAUGAUCUGGCUGCUAUGUAUCUUACUGAGAAGGAUCAUGAUCUGAAGAGAGGAGAGGACGAUCAUACGGAAGUCGAGAUGUUGUUAGAAUCCUACCACAAGCUUUGUGACGAAAUUGUUCAGGAAUCCGGGAAUUUGGUUUCUAACAUUAGGAACACGGAAGAAAUAGUCAAAGCCAUCCUCGACGCUAACCGCAAUUCCCUUAUGCUUCUCGAACUCAAAAUUUCCAUUGGUACGCUCGGUAUGGGUUCCGGCGCGUUCAUCGCUGCCCUCUAUGGCAUGAAUUUGAAGAACCACAUCGAAGAAGCCGAUUUCGGUUUCCUAGGUGUAUCAGCCUGGUGCGGAAUCUUCGCCGCAAUAGUAUGGUUCUACGGAAUAUCUAAACUGAAGAAAGUCCAACGAGUCAGUAUGUGGGGAGAAAGUGGAACGCGGGGUCGAAAUUGGAGAGUAUCGGAGGAUGAAGCGAAGGCACUGGAGAUGGAUAAAGGGAGAAGAGACAGGGGGAGGAGAUUGAAGGAGGAAAGGGGGAGUGCGAUGGAAGACAUUAGGGCAAAAGUAUUGCAGCAGAGAAAAUCCAUUCAUGAUGCUGGUGCAGCAACUCAUGUGCAAACAGCUACUUACGCGGAAAAGAAGGCUGCGGCUAUGGCAGCUAGAAGUGCGGGGCAUGGACACACGAAAAAGGGAUCAGAUACCGCUCCUGAUACAUAG